UGCUUCCUGUUUUGAAGGGAAACGGCUAGCGUGAGUGUCUGAUUACUGACUCACGAUUCGUGGGUUGAAGAGCGCAGGAGCCAUGCCUUUCCUCCAUGGGUUUCGAAGGAUCAUUUAUGAGUAUCAGCCGCUGGUGGACGCUGUCAUGUGUGUUGUUGGACUGGAGGAAAGAGAUGGUGGUCACGAGGACAGAGUCCGAAGUCCUGAGGAUGAGUCUGCUCUCUGUAGUCCUCUGGUGGAGCUUCUGGAGCGAGAGUCCCAGUCAGAAGUGUUUGUGGAAGGCAUCAGCUAUGCUCUGAUUAAGGUGGCAGAGCGGGGACUGGUCUACGCAGCUGAAGUCCUUCUACGCUACGGAGCUGAUGUCAACUUUGAAGACCCAGUGUCUUACUACAACCCUCUGCAUAUAGCAGUUCUGAGGAACAGGCCCAGCAUGGUGAGGCUGCUGGUCGGCCACGGAGCGGACAUUGAAAAGAGAGACAGGAUCCAUGAGAGCAGUCCUUUGGAUCUGGCCAGCGAGGAGUCGGAGAGGCUCCCCUGCCUGCAGACCCUGUUGGAUAUGGGUGCUGACGUCAAUGCAAGGGAUAAACAUGGAAAAACACCUUUGCUCCAUGCCUUGGCAAGCAGCGAUGGACUCACUGUGCACAACACAGAGAACAUCCAGCUUCUGCUGCACAGAGGUGCUGACGUUAAUGCUGCUACUGUGGACGGUGAAACAGUCGAGUCGUCGUUGGUGUUUCUGGUGAAGGAAGCUCUGGAGGCCAAUGUGGAGGACGCUGCUGAGAUCGGUAACUUCUGCUUGAAAACCACACAGCUGCUGCUGGCUCACGGUGUGGACCCCAGCUGCUGUCUGAAUGAGGAUGGCGAGCCCUCCCUGACGCAGACGAGCCUGGAGCACUUUGACCUGCUCUUCCCUCUGGCUGUGCUCUUAAUCCAGAGCAGAGCCUCUUUGGUUUGCUCCUUUCACGGCGACUCCUGUUGGUCAGGUUACAGCCUCCUUUUCCAGCGGCUCCAAACAGCCCUGCAGCAGUGCUCUGAUCAAAGUCACGCCGCUGAGCUCCUGGAGCAAGCUGAGGUGUUGCUCGACUUAGCGAGGGUAGACGUGCCCGCGCUGCAUCUGCCUCUCAGGCUGGAGCUCCCUGUGCCCGGUCAGGACCCUCACCCCUAUGCUCAGGCUCUGGUAGACCUGCACAACCGCGUAGUAGAGCAUGAAGCGAGCCCCCCUGCUCUGCGAUGCCUUUGUAGGGCAUUCAUAAGGAGCCACCUCCAGCCUUGGCCCCUGGAAGACAGAGUCAGAGCCUUGCCAUUACCAGACAGACUGAAAGACUUUCUUCUUCCUGAGCACACAUACACCCCAAAGCCUGGCUGGGACUGCUUCAAGCCCCAACACAGCCAGCGCUGACCAGAUAAGCUACUGGCUCGUGUUUGUUCUAUCUAAAAAAAAAUUUAAAAAGCCCAUAAAUGAACCUAAAGCUAACAAACCACUGAGGUCUUCAUUGAUUUCUUAUUGUGAGACGUCUGUGCCAAAUUUCCAGACAGAUGUGUGUAUGUUUACUUUAAGACACAGAGCGAUUUCUGUGCAAAUUCGCCUUUGAGUUGGAACAAACUUUUUCACUGUUGCGGUCCAGCUGCUGCACAGUUGCAUGAACCGUGGUCAUGGUUGCGAAGGACGUCGCAAUACAAAAUAAAAGCCACCAGAUGGCAGUGUUGGUCCUGCGUGUCAAAAGCAGCUCAGCUGCCAGGGUCAAACAUUUACUUAUUCAUUCACAGUGCAGCCUAUUACAGUUGUUCCAGCACGGCAGGCUCCAUCUAUAUUUUAUCUCCUCAACAUGAUGAUGUUGUAUUGUGGAAGUUGUGUGUAUCUUCUCGCUCUACAUGAAGGUGGACCAAUAAAACAGUA